UUAUUAUAAUUGGCGAUAAGCAGAGUGUGUAGAAAUGAUGACACAGCUGGCAAUUAAGCGGCUAAAGCAAAUUUACAGCCUCAAGAACGAAAAGCACAUGCAGCUCCCUUAAAAAGUGUAGUCAGUUUAACAAUGCGUUUCUUGCCGAAAGGUCGUUCAUAGCACUAGGUCCGGAUAAAACAAUAUAACAUUAUUGCUUUACGCAUCGCUUUCAAUGUAAAUAAGAGAUCAAAUUAAUAGUGAAUUUUGGCAAAUACCAAUAUUAGCAUUGAUUAAAAUUGUAAAAAUCAGCGUCUUAUAGCAGGGCCGUGCUAACGAUAUACUCAAGUUCUGAUUGGCAUUCGUGAAAUGUGAUCGCCACAAACACACACGCGCGCGUAAUCACAUGCAUUUGAUUGCACAUUAAUAAUAAGUGUGAUAUUUUAUGCUUGCAAGUGCAUUUUUAUCUCUUCGCGAAGGAUUCUAAGCUCCGUCGUGUUAAGAAGUGGAAUGUGCAUGAGUUGCUAUUCUUUUCUCGCGCGCUGGUAUUUUCAGCCAUUUGAAAAUUCAUGCUUAAAUUGAUUCUGUCGACGAAUACCGCUUUAUGUCCUAAUAGGUGGCUUGAACUGAUAUAAACUUUGAACUGUGCGUGCUGUAGACUGUGAAAUCAAUUAAUAUCAACAUGAAGGCCAAGAUCGAUAAGGAAUUGUUGCCUAUGAAGGCGCAUUACUUUCUCUUUAAUGCCGGCACUGCACCCGUUGUGCCCUUUAUGCCAACGCUUGCUCGUCAACUGGGCUACUCAUCGCUUGUUGUGGGCACGAUGUAUACAAUUUUACCCGUUAUUGGUAUGCUUGCGAAGCCGUUAUUUGGAUAUAUUGCAGAUCGGUUUCAGCGCCAUCGAACACUUUUCCUCGGUGGCCAAUUACUCACUGGCUUGGCUUUCUUUAUGAUCAUGUUUGUGCCGGCACUUGAGAAACCAAUGCCAAUGGUAGAAUUUCACUGCCACAACGGUGUUUCGAAUGUUCAGUACUGUUCGCCGUACGGCGAUUGUGUGGAAAAGAAUCUCGAGUCACACUUUGGCAAUCGAACGCUCGGUUGUGAAAUGCAUUGCCAGGCAGAGCCAUAUAUGUGGGACAUAGUGUGCCAGAACUGGCUUAAUAACUCUUUGGAAAAUUGCGAAGCUAAUCGGAGCAAUCCGCAGCUGGACUUUAAUGCAUUUAUCAAUGCAAACGAUAUUGUAGAGACACAACAGAAUAGCACCACGUGCCUCAACUUUUUAGUGCCGCAAGAUCAGGGCUCGAUCGAUGGAAAGAAUAUGACCCUCUUUUGUCCAAGCGACAAGCAGUAUUUUAAAGCCCAGUGCAGCAUGAACUGCCACGAAGACUUUCUCACGGAUCAGCUAUCGGAGAGCGCUGUGAUCAACACCCGCAGUGCGCUGGGUCUGCCGCAAUUCUGGUUCUUCUUCAGCUUGAUGAUCAUUAGUUGGAUUGGCAUGGCGGUCGUUGUCAGCAUUGGGGAUGCAAUUUGUUUUGGCAUACUGGGCGAUCGCCAUCACCUCUAUGGGAAACAGCGCCUGUGUGGCUCUCUGGGUUGGGGACUGUUCGCUGUUUUGGCCGGGGUGCUCGUCGACAAGAUGUCUGGGGGCCAGGUUACGAAGGACUACACUGUUGUCUUCUGGAUAACGUUAAUCGUUCUGGGCUUUGACAUGCUGGCCUCUACAAAACUAAAGCACACGCAAACGCAUCUUUCAAACAAUAUUGUGAAGGAUGUGGGACAAAUGUUCCUUUCUGUGCGUUGCGUCGUUUUCUUCCUCUGGUGCGUGGCCAUUGGUUUGUGCACAGCGCUUAUUUGGAAUUUCCUUUUCAUCUAUUUGGAGGAGCUAGACAAGCUGUACGAGGGCUGCGAAAACUCCGUUAAAACUCUAGAAGGCCUUGUAAUGGGCAUUCAGUGCUUUGGCGGAGAGCUUCCCUUCUUCUUUCUAUCCGGAUGGAUUCUAAAGCGCAUUGGCCAUGUCAAGGCCAUGAGCCUGGUGCUCCUUGGCUUCGGCGUGCGCCUACUUUUGUACUCCAUGUUGCAAAAUCCUUGGUACAUUCUUCCCAUCGAGCUCCUCAACGGUAUCACUUUCGGUCUCUUUUACGCAACUAUGGCUUCCUAUGCAAGUAUUGUGGCACCGCCAGGAACUGAAGCCACCAUGCAGAGUUUGGUGGGCGCCAUCUUUGAGGGUGUCGGUGUCUCCAUGGGCAGUUUGAUUGCUGGUCUGCUCUUCGAGGCCUUCAGUGCUCGCGUCACUUUCGAGAUCUUUGGUGUAGCCGCCUUUAUUGCAUUUAUCGUGCAUGUCCUUGUGCAGAUGUGUCUGCAACGUAAUGGCACGGCGGAAAAUGGCACUGUCAAAUAUUUUGCACCGACAGAUGCUAUGCACAUGCUGAAUGAACAGGAGUAUAGUAUUGUUAGCUAAGACGUUUGAACCACCCAGCAAGAAAAUCAAGAACCACAACUGCAAUCACAACCACAACGAACAAGACCGCACACAUCUGUUGUUCUACAAUUAUCAACUUUUACCAGCUUAGAAGCUGUCGCUGCUGCAUGUUGAACAUUUUAAUAUUGUUUAACUAUUAGUUAUAAUCAUAUUUGUAUUGUAUACGUGCUUUAAUUAAGUAUUAUUUACCUCUUAUUGUUAGUAACACACUUAGAUUUAGAUAAAACAAAAAGAAAAACGCAUGCUAUUGCAUCCAUACAUACUAUACAUAAGUACGAGCAUUGAUUGAACUGAAUCAAUUAUUGAUAUAGGUGAAAAAUUCUAAAUUGUAUACCCUACGGUGCAGUGGAUAGAUCGAAUGCAUAACAAAUUCAAACAGGCGAUCUAAGAAAAUACUGCUCUUGGGGCGCUGUGAAUGUUUAACAUUAUUGUUUAUUAUUUUAGCUAAUGCAAAUAUAUGUAAUCCCUUCAAUAUUUAAAUACUUUGGCAUGUUGUAGGCUAGGCUUUCACAAUUUAAGCAUCCUUGUUAUACUGUUUGUAAGUUACAAUGCAUGGGACUUAAUCCUGACGUUUUCCACUUAUUAAUAAUCUCUGUAGUAAUUUGGAUAUCUAUGUAUAUGUCUAUAUUUUUAACUCUCUGUACACAUGAAUUUAGUUUUAUGUAGUUUUAGAAUAAUGCGUUUAAUGCCUGUUACCAAAGUACUUUAGUCGAGUAAUUACAAAUGCAUAUGCGCUUCUUAAACUUGAAUAACAUACUUAUAUAUUUUUUUAAACUUAAA